CUGUAAGUUUGAGCCGCGUGAGGGAGAGGAGGAAAGUUUGGGCGCCAGAGGAUGAAGCUGCUCAGCCCAGCGGGACUUCCGGGAGAUCACCGACCGUCUCCCCGCAUCACGGCAGCAGAGAGGGGGGCGGGGCAGAUGAACGGGAGAGGCGGACACGCCCCGUCCCCGGUGUGACAGCCGGCGGACGGCGGUCUGAUUCCCUCACGCAAACACCCGCGUUCCCGGUGCGGAGCCUCCGGUCCCGCCCAGCGGGAGGUGCGGGGACUCGGUGAUGAUGCGGGGAGGGACCGGGCAGCACGCGCCUCUCUGCUUCAGCGCAGCACCGCGUGCUCAACUAAGUAGUUGAUGGAUGAGGCGCGAGCCGCCGCGCGCAUCAGCUCUGCGCAGGUGUCUCCUCCGGUCUUCUCCCGCCUCUCGCCGGUCACCUCCCGCCGAUGCUCGGCAGCGCGCCCGGGCUUUCCGCUCGGUGGGAGAGGCUCGAGCCGCGGCCGCGCGCCAGGAUGCUGCGCCAGGUGUUGCACGCGGGCCUGAGGACUUCGUUCCGCGCGCUCGGCCGGUUCGUGGCGGGCCACGCGGUGUUCUUCGCCUCCGCGCCCGUGCUGCUGUCCGUGCUGCUGGGGGCCAGCUUCAGCCGGUACCGCGUGGAGGACGACGUGCAGAGCCUGCUCGCGCCCAAACACAGCCUGGCCAAGAUCGAGGGCAGCCUGGUGGAGAGCCUGUUCCCGGUCAACCGCUCCCGGCACGCGCUCUACUCCGACCUGCAGACGCCGGGCCGCUACGGGCGCGUGAUCGUCACCGCGCGGAAGGGGAGCCUGCUGGAAGCCGCUCACCUGGACGCGGUUUUAGCGCUGCACAGGAACAUCUACCAGAUGCAGGUGACGUUUCCCGCCGCCGGCCUCAGCAGCUUCAACUACUCCUUCUCCUACCUCUGCCUCCCAGACGACAAGAAUGGCUGCAUCAUCGAUGACAUCAUCCGGGCCAUGGAGGAAAUCCAGGCGGCCCGGGCCUCCAACCGCACCCUGCCGGUCCUGCACUAUCCCAUCACCCAGCUGGCGGACGGACGGCGAGCCUACAUCGGCCACCAGCUGGGCGGCGUGCAGGGCUGGGGCCCAGGGGGGGCGGUGCGAGCUCAGGGGGCUGGAGGCAGAGGGGAGGGUGUGCGCUCUGCCAGGGCGCUGCAGCUCACCUACUACCUGCAGGCCCGCGGCGAGCUGAUGGAGCAGGUGGCCGGCCUGUGGGAGGAGGCCUUCUGCGCCGAGCUCAGGAGGUUCGCAGCCACACACUCCAGGCUGGGGGUUUACCCCUCCACCUCGUCCUCUCUCAGGACCGACUUCCAGUUCUCCUCCAUACUCGCCCACCGCCCCCUGCUGGCCAGCUUAGGAAUCUGCGGGGUGCUGGCCAUCCUCUGCUGCUCCAUGCGGGACUGUGUGAGGUCCAAACCCUGGUUGGGGCUCCUGGCUCUGCUGUCCAUCACUCUGUCAGGACUGUCUGCUGCUGGAAUCCUCAACCUGACCGGGGCCACCUACAACUCCACGUACCUCGGAAUCCCGUUUGUCAUGCUCGGUCACGGGCUCUUUGGCUCUUUCGAGAUGCUGUCGUCAUGGAGACGGACGCGGGAGGACCAGCACGUGAAGGAGCGAGUGGCAAGUGUCUUUGAGGACGUCAUGCUGCGGUUCUCCAGCUCCACAAUGCUCCACCUGAUGACCCUGGGCCUGGCCGCCUCGCCGCUCACCAACAUGGAGGCGGUGCGGCUCUUCUGCCGCACGGCCGCCCUGGCCGUGACCGUCAGCUACGUCUACAUGCUGUCUUUCUACAGUUCCUGCCUGGUGUUUACGGGAUACCUGGAGACCGGCUACCGGCACGGCUGCUUCUGCCGGCGCGUCCCCAGACCGGACCGGCUGAGCUCUAAGCCCGCCUGGUACCGGUGCUUGAUGUUCACCCGGUACCAGGAUGAGAGCCAGACCGCUAACCCUCAGCUCGCCCAGUCUCACACUCUACCGAACUCUGACCUGACCCGGACGCGAACAACCAUCAGCACCGGCGUGCACGCACAUGUGGGGAACUGCUCACAUACGCACCCCCAGCCCAGUGUCACGGCCAGCAUGGACCACCACCUCCUGGACUCGCAUCUGCUGCUGGGCUGUGUGAGGCGUUGCUAUGGAAACUGGAUCACCAACACGUAUGUCAAACCUUUUGUGGUCCUGCUCUACCUGGUCUACAUCUCCUUUGGUCUGAUGGGUUUCCUCCAGGUCACCCAGGGCUCGGACCCCAGCGCCGUGGUUGCCAUGGAUACGGCCACCGUCCUGUACACACGUGCGCAGCAGCGUUACUUCAGCUCGUACUCGCCUGUGAUUGGCUUCUACAUCUACGAGAGCGCCCCCUACUGGAACUCCUCUGUGCAGCGGGACCUUCUGGAGUACGCCAAAGGUUUCCAGAGGAUAAGCUGGCUGGAGGCUUACCUGAACUACCUGUCCGACCACAACCAGUCCACCAGCCUGCCGAGGGAGAACUUCACCUACACGCUGCGCCACUCCUUCCUCCGCCAGCCGCAGUUCGCACACUUUGCAGACGACAUCAUCUUUGCAGAGCGUGGUGAAGGGGAGGAGCCAGAUCUGGCAGCUUCUCGCAUCUUCCUGGUCGCUAAGACAACAGAGAACAAGCGCGAGGAGAUGUCGGUGCUGCUGGACACGCUGCGGCGCCUGUCCUUGACCUCUCGCGUUCGCUUUCUAAUCUUUAACCCCUCCUUUGUGUACUUGGACCGCUAUGCGGCGGCGGUGAGCUCGCCGCUCAGACACUCGCUGCUGGCCGUGCUCUUCCUCCUGGGUCUGUCCUCUCUGGCCAUCGUGGAGCCGCUGGUGUCCGUGUGGCUGGGCCUCACCUUGCUGUCCGUGCAGUUUGGGGUGCUGGGGUUUAUGACCUUAUGGGGCGUGGAGCUGGACUGCAUGUCGGUUUUGUGUCUCAUCUCGGCUCUGGGGCACUCGGCGGACUGCAGCGGGCCGCUGCUCUGUGGUUUCGCCUCCGGUCAGGGGGAGAGCCGGACUCGCUGGGUGAGAGCGGCGCUGGAGCGACAUGGCGUUCCGUCUCUGCAGACGCUCAUCUGCUAUGGCGCCGCGUUGGUCCCGGUGGGCUCUGUGCGCUCCAACCUCACGCAGACCAUGUUCCGCUGCCUCGCCCUCACAGCCUGCUGCUCCGCCCUGCACACUCUGGCCUUCCUGCCCACCCUCCUCACCUUCCUGCCCCCCUCCAAGAACCGAGGCCUGCGCCCUGCCGGGGAAAGCCAGAGACAGGGGGCGGAGUGUGUGGAGAUGAACAACAGCACCAGGGUGGUUGAUCAGAUCACUACCGUUUGAGGAACCUGCUGCAGCCUGAGGGGGUGGAGUCACGGUGGUCCGGGAGGAGUCUGAGGUCCAGAGAGCCCAACUCCACCGACAUGAGUAGCAAGAAGAAAAAAGAUGGGGCUGGAGAGAUGCGGUUUGUCGUUUCCAUGGUUACCUCCCUGGAACUUGAAUGAAGUUUGUCUGGAAAUGUUCACUACUGUCAAGAAGCCCCGCCCCCUCAACGUCCCACAUGUGCUUUAGAUCUCUAUCACUCUGUUUGCCUUCUGCUACCAGCUGACAUGACACGAGUCAGCACUCUGUAUGACUCCAGGGUUUCUACUUUGAUGCAAACCAAAUAAAACCCCACAAAGAACCGG